CCCUGCCAGUUAACGGGGAGCGGACACGCCUGGUAGGGAGAGAAGCCAGUGCCCUUGCUCCGGCCUCCGCGUGCGUCUUCUACGGGUGCCGGAUCGCCGUCUUGGUCUUUGGCCGGGUUCGCCUCGCAGCCAUGGGGGCGUGUCCCCGCCGCGGGGCCUGGCUCCUCUGGGCGUUGGCGCUGCUCGGCCUGCCGCGGGUCCGCGGUAAUUGUAGUACUCCUCCAACAAUUCCUUAUGCUCAUCCAGAAGAAAGCUAUGAUGCUGAUAAAACCUUUGGUGAUGGAGACACCAUAACUUACAAAUGUGAUACUGGUUAUGCUAAAAUACCUGGAAAAUCAAACUCAGUUACUUGCCAGGGUGCGGAAUGGUCAAAAAUCCCACAAUUUUGUAAUCGGAGCUGUGAUCAGCCACCCCGGUAUAAUACUAUGCAACCAGAUAGUGCAUUCAUAAAUAAAAAUUAUUUUCCUAUUAAUAGCACUGUGACUUUUGUAUGCCGGCCUGGACAUUCUCUCAGUAAAUUAGGUCCACUCGUCAGUACUUGUCAGGAUGAUGGAACGUGGUCACCCAUCUCAGAGUCUUGUAAAAAAAAACCAUGCCCAACUCCAGAAGCACUAGAUAAUGGUCGAAUUAUAACACCAACUGAUCUCCUAUUUGGUUCAGAAAUUGAAUAUUUUUGUAAUGAAGGCUAUCGUUUAAUAGGUGAUGCUGUUAGGCUCUGUGCCAUUUCUAACAACCAAGUUUUAUGGAGUGGUGAACCUCCGUUUUGUGAAAUUGUUUCUUGUUUACCACCUCCAAAUAUCGACAAUGGGAAGCACAAUGGUGGCCACGAGAAUGUCUUUACCUAUGGUGAGGCAGUGACUUAUCAGUGUGAUUUACGUGCUCAAGAUAAAUUUUCGCUUAUUGGAGAAGCCACCAUUACUUGUGCUGAAAAUGGAGACUGGAAUAAGCCACCUCCUGAAUGUAAAGUGGUCAAAUGUACAACUCCAUACGUUCCCAACGCAGUCCAGAUAUCAGGAUUUGGAUCCUCUCAUACUUAUAAGGACACAAUUUUUUUUGAAUGUAAAGAGGGUUAUAUCUUACAGAAUAAUAGCAAGAUUACCUGUGAAGCUGAUAAUAAGUGGAAGCCUGCACUGCCAAUUUGUACUAAAGCACCUGUUCUUCCUUCCAGUCAAGCACCACCUGCCACAAGUAGUCCAGGAACAACUGUUACUUCUCAAACAAAGCCACCUGUCUCAAGACAACCAGGACCUUCUCUUCCUCCCAUUGAAGAACCACCUUCAGGCCAAAUGAGUCCUGGCAUCAUUACCCUCAUAGUUAUUAUUACAGCUAUUGUUUUGGGGAUCAUUAUCUACAUCAUUUGUCUUCAGUACAAGAAAAAAGGGAAAAAUGCAACGAUUCCUGACAAUGCUAGUUACAAAGCUUGCCCUAAAUAAGAGAAUCAUUCUGAGGAAAGCAAUUGUAAUGUUUCAGAAAUUAAUGUAACCAUCAAUCUGGCCUAUAUUUCAGUUGAAAUGUUAAGCACUUUUCAAGUUACUUUCAAUGUAGCUUCUUUGCCACUUGAGAAUGCAGCUGUUAAGUUGGAAUUUGGAUAUUUUAAAAUAAGGCUUAGCACCCUCAUGUAUACCUCCUUAUACCAUUGUUGGAAAACAAGGCUAAGGUGCUUGAAAUUUGAAGGUAAUACACACAUUGGAUUUCUCCAUAUCAUUACAGCAUUUUGUGUAGGGUGUCAGGAAGAUAGCAAAGUAUUACUUGAAAAAAGUUAUGCAAAUGCAUCUAUAGAAAUAGCAGUUUUGAAAUCUGCAGUGUUUCCAGUGGACAAUUAUCCAGACCAGCCAUUGAAAAUGAGGGAAGUUGGACACCAGCUUGAUGGAUACUUAAAGAAAGGUUUUGCAAGAAAUGUUCUUGUCAAGCAAUGGCACCUGCUCACAUUUGUAAUGACCUUGUUCGGUAAUUGGUAUACUCACUCAAAACAGAGUUAUUAGUAAGUCAGUUUGCACACAUGGCUGUGAAGUUGCCAUUUAUUUUCACCAGCCAGGGGGAAACAGGCUUAUUUGUUUAAACAAGAUACCAAGAAUGACUUGACUACUCUGAAAGCAAAGGGAUGUCGGUGAGUCUAGCCAAGAAUUCCAGCAUGAGGUGCACCAUGAAUACUUGUGGCCUUAAAAAACUUUUUUCAGAGAGAAUUCUAGAGUAGGGGAAAAAUACCAAAGAUCUGACCCAAUUCAAGUAGGGCAACUGCUUUGUGGUGGGAAUGUCCCCAUGUUGAAAGCAUAUUAAAAUCAAGCCUGAGAGAUAGUACAAAGCGGGGUAAACAGUCCUUGCCUUAAGCCAAGAAAGAAGAUUCAAAUCCUUCCUCUUGAAGAGGACUUCAUGGCUCUGGGCAGAUUGCUUAACCAGCCUGGUAUAGCUCUAGGCCAAUGAUGUCAAACUCAAAUAGAAACUUAGAAAACCUCAAAUUAACAUUAUCCAUGUUGUGUUGUUUUUGCCUGUUUUCUUAAUUUCCCAAUUUUAGUCUGGUUUGGGUAGCACAAAGGUUUUGAAGACAGCAUUCGGGCCCAAAUUUAACAUCUUUGCUCUAGGCUGUUUUCUAAAAUGCAGAGGCUCUAAGUGAAGUGUCACCAGUAAGGGGGAAAUGUCCACCCUGGGAGUUCCCACACUUCAGAUGCCACCCCCUCAACACACACAGUUGUAGCCAGUUUUUAAUAUCCGGUAAUGUGGUCAAACAGUGACUCAAAAGCCUUAGAAGACACUCUGAAGGGGCACACCUUCAUUUGUGAGACCAUAUCAUCCCUCACUCAGUACUUUUUUAAAAAAGAUCUUUUUUUUUAAGCACUUCAGCUGGACGAAGAGAACUAAAAAUAGACUUUGUACUUUUCUAAAUGUAUGUGGAAGAGGGAGGCCGAGUGGUACAGAAAAUUGCAUGUAUAUAAAUCUGUAUCACCUGCCUGUCUCUUCCCAACUACACUCCUUAAUUGAGAAUGAGGAUUUGGGUUUCAACAUUUGGUCAGAAAAAAGCAGAGACUUGGUUAUUUGUGUGAAAAAUAUACACACACUUUGGAUUCAUGAUUUCUUAAAAAAUGUUGGUGUGGGUACUACCCCCAGUGCAGAAUAUAAAUGCCCCCCACUGCACACAUAUGUAGGAAUAAAUACAUCAGAUCAGACAGGCAUUGGCCAGUCCCCCGCCUCGGGUCAUAAUUCCAUAGACAAGACUCCUUUGGGGCUGUGUUGGGAUGUGAGCAAUAUCUCUUAAGGCUUCUAGAAGACAAAUACAUCAAAUCUCCACUUUUCAGCCAGCAACUACUGACCUCAUUCUUUUUCUCUCUUUGGAUUCCAAGGUAGUAUACAAAGUAUGACUAAAUCACCCCCCAAAUUAAAUAAAAUACAAACUUUUCACCAUUAAUUCAUUAGCUUUGAGCUCCUACUCCAGGACGUUAAACCAGGGGAAUGCUUUUUCCUAUAAAUUCUCUUUCUUGUCACAGACCCCAAACUUAAAGCCUUAGAGGAACAUCAGCUGCUGCCUGUAUAAUUAAUUAACAGUAAUAAAGAAUACAAUCUGAAUAUUUCAGCAGUGUCUCAGCUGUGAGAAAGGUCAUCGUCAAAGGCCCUCCCUCUGUUCUGAAACUGGGGCAAAGAAUGUGCUGGCUCAUAGUGGCCACUGCUGACCUCCAAAGUACUAGAACCACAGUGGGCUUACACUCUGUCAUUAAUGGUCGUCUCAGAACCUGAGAAACCUCCGUUAAGUAGUCAGUCCCCUCCAGACUCCAGCCCUGCUACAGGUACAUUCUUCCCUGGAAGCUGACUGUCCCAGGUCUCUUCAGAAAUGUAUUUCUGUGCUUGGGGCCGCACAAAGACUCCUUCAAAAAUGAUCAUUCAUUUGUCUAACUCAAGAAGCUUUAUUUUGUUAAAGGCACAAUCACUAUAUCCAAAGUCUCUGCUAGGGGGCCAUGUAAGUUGGGAGUUACAUAUAUGCCUGUUACAUACAAACAGAUAUGUUCACUUUCAAGGAAAUGAAAUUCAGUAUACCUCACCAAUCUGGACCAAUGCAAAAGCAGGGAGAGGUUUCCCUUUGAAUUACAGAUUUUGUUUUAUUAAAAAAUAGAUAAUGAAGUUUUAUUUUGAAGGACAGUAACUCCAGCUAGGCUAGGAAAUAGUGGUGUUACGUACCAAUAAGCAUAACUUAUUUGUACAGGAGUGCUUCAGUAUUUCUUGUAAUCUUAUUUGUGCUAUUUAUGAAAUAUAUGAGUUCUGAAUUUGUAAAGUCAGGAAUUGAUUUUGUUUUUCACAUUCAGGUUUUUAGGAAUCAUUAUUUACUUAAAAUGAAAGGGAAAUUUCUAGUUAAUACUGGCUAAAUAAAUCUUGAAACAGACUUAUGUACAAUAAGGAAACUGAUUUCUGUGGAGAUUUCUUUAAGCAAUGUUGGUGUUUUUUGAUUGUAAGUAGUACAAGAGCUCUAUAAAUUCUGUAAGUAUGUGUAAAAUAUACAUACACAUACAUGUAUAUUUCUUAUGCUUCUCACAUAUCUUUAAAUCUGUAACUUGGGAUGAAAUGUCAUUUUCCUUCUAUAGACGUACUUCCAAAUAGCCAGGAAAAUGAGUUUUAUAUGUAUGUACAUUGGCUGUUCAUCAACAACCUGUGCCUUCUCUGUUAAGAAUCUUGUGAAAAGGAAGGUUAUCCUACUUGAAAAAAAUGAAAGAUGUCCUUGAAAAGGCUGACAAGACAGCAAACUAAGAUGUGUCUGUCCAGGGGGUGGUUCUAAAACCAAAUAAAUUGUAUCUUUGUCUGA